UUACUGGGUGAGGAGUGCCUGUUUCUUGAAAGGCUGGAAGAAAACCAUUACAACACGUACGUCUCCAAAAAGCACGCGGAUAAGAACUGGUUCGUUGGUCUGAAGAAGAAUGGGAGCAGCAAGCUGGGACCGCGGACUCACUACGGCCAGAAGGCGAUCCUCUUCCUCCCGCUGCCCGUCUCGUCCGACUAA